GCGCUGGUGCAUACGAGAACGACACGUCGUCACUUCACCAUUGUGUCUGUACGUUUUAAUACGGGGAAACAGCUCGGUAUAUCGCGUCAUUAUCAGAAAGCUCGCCUGUUCAUCGUUUAUGAAUCGUUAUCGUCGUUCUAUGAACGUUAAAUAUCUCGUUAAAAUAGGAUAAGCCAAAAAUUAUCAAUAUCAUUUUUAAUCUAUCAAAAUCUCAUUGUUCGGUACUCAAGAUCGUGUAAAAGAAACGUCGAAAGCAAAAAAGGACGACCAUUUGUUUGCAUCGAUCGAUUUAAGAUCGUCGGUACGUGUACGACUAACAAAACAUAAGACAGGAUAUAUUGUGAAUUGUCAAUAUGUUCAGUUGGCUCAGUCGAGAUGAAAAUGGCAAACAAGAUCUCUUUGAGAAUGUUACGGAAGGUCUUAAAAAGAUCUACAAAGCUAAAUUGUUACCUUUGGAACAACAUUAUCAAUUUCAUGACUUCCAUUCGCCUCAAUUGGAUGAUCCAGAUUUCGAUGCAAAACCUAUGAUCCUUUUAGUAGGACAAUAUUCCACUGGAAAAACUACAUUUAUUAAAUAUUUAUUAGAACGUGAUUUUCCUGGAAUAAGAAUUGGUCCUGAACCUACAACAGAUCGCUUCAUUGCUGUUAUGUACGAUGAAAAGGAAGGUGUUAUUCCUGGAAAUGCUUUAGUUGUGGAUCCAAAUAAACAAUUUCGACCACUUUCCAAAUUCGGUAAUGCAUUCCUUAAUAGAUUUCAAUGUUCUACCGUUGCAUCUCCAGUUCUCAAAGGAAUAUCUAUAGUUGAUACACCUGGAAUUCUUUCGGGGGAGAAACAACGAGUAGAUAGAGGUUAUGAUUUCACUGGCGUCUUAGAAUGGUUUGCAGAAAGAGUAGACAGAAUCAUAUUAUUAUUCGAUGCACAUAAACUCGAUAUUUCUGAUGAAUUUAGAAGAUCUAUAGAAGCACUAAGAGGCCACGAUGAUAAAAUUAGAAUAGUUCUUAAUAAAGCAGAUAUGAUAGAUCAUCAACAAUUAAUGAGAGUAUAUGGUGCACUUAUGUGGUCUUUAGGAAAAGUAUUGCAAACUCCAGAAGUUGCUAGAGUUUAUAUUGGUUCGUUUUGGGAUCAACCGCUAAGAUAUGAUGUUAAUAGACGAUUAUUUGAAGAUGAAGAACAAGAUUUAUUUAGAGAUAUGCAAUCAUUACCAAGAAAUGCAGCAUUAAGAAAACUUAAUGAUUUAAUAAAACGAGCUCGUUUAGCAAAGGUACAUGCAUACAUAAUCAGUGCAUUGAGAAAGGAUAUGCCAAGUAUGUUUGGUAAAGAUUCUAAAAAAAAAGAACUUAUUAAAAAUUUAGGUCAAAUUUAUGAUCAAAUCCAAAGAGAACAACAAAUUUCUCCUGGAGAUUUCCCAGACCUUCGAAAAAUGCAGGAAUGUUUAAUGCAUCAUGACUUUAGUAAAUUUAACCCAAUAAAAAUCAAACUAUUGGAAGUAGUAGAUAAAAUGCUUGCAGAAGACAUUGCAAAAUUAAUGGCUAUGAUACCACAUGAAGAAGUAACUGCCAUGUCAGAACCAUUAAUAAAAGGUGGUGCAUUUGAAGGUGUAGAAGAUCAAAUUAGUCCAUUUGGAUACAAAAGAGGUGAAGGUAUCGAUGCUGGUGCAGGUGAACCUGAAUGGAUUGUUAAUAAAGAUAGAUACAAAUAUGAUAGUAUUUUUGAAACGCUUGGUCCAACUGAUGGAAAGAUUACAGGAGCAGCUGCAAAAUCUGAAAUGAUAAAAUCCAAAUUGCCAAACAGUAUGUUAGGAAAAAUCUGGAAAUUAUCUGAUAUUGAUAAAGAUGGCCUUUUAGACCCAGAUGAAUUUGCCUUGGCUAUGCAUUUAAUUAAUGUUAAACUUGAAGGUUAUGAUCUUCCAGCAGAACUUCCUGAUCAUUUAAUACCACCUUCGAAACGAGAUAUUUAAAUUAUGAUCAAAUUAUAUACAGCACUUUACUGAUUAUUGUGCUUGCUUCUCAAUGGUUAUAAAGAAUAUUUAUAUACUUGUAAAAAGAAGAUGUGCGAUACAGAGCUAAAUGGUAAAUAUUUGGCAUAAUACCUAAUAAUUGAGAUUUUCAGUAUGGACUGAAGGUAAAUAGAAGUAAUAAAUUCUUUUUGAAAAAAUACCAAUAUAAAGAAGAAUAUUAUUUAAAUGAUUUCUCAGAUUAAAGUAAAGAAAAUCUCAUAACAUAAUUAUAAUGAAAGUAAAAUGUAUAUAUAUUAUAUAAAGAAAAUGACAAGCCAUGUUCAAUUAUAUUUAAUUUUUACAAAUGAUAGUGCAAUCCAGAAAUUUUGAUACAUCAUUAAUAAUAUAACAAUAUUACAAUCUUAUUUAAAAACAUAAAUUUGUAAACGCUGUAUUAAUAGUCUUAUAAUCAUAUAGGUAUAUUGGGAUGCAUAAUAAUAUAAAGUGUUAUGAUAAAUAGCAAAUGAUUUAAAAAUAUCAGUAGCAUUGUCACAUUAUGUGAAAUAUGCUAUCUUACGUGUAUAUUUUUAUAUAUUGUUAUAUUAUAUGAAAUUAUAUUUAUUAUACACAAACACGCACAUGUGCUUAUAAAAACAACACAAAAUAAAAUUUCUACACUAUUGUUAUUAAUAUUUUGAAAAUUUUUGUAUUACUGUAUUAAUAACACAAUGUUUUUAAAAUUUUCUGUCGAUUAUGCUAUAAUUUCUUGAGAACAUUUAAAUAGUAAAAUCAUGCGUACCUUCUUAAAAUUUGUUAUUUAUAAAAAAAAUAAGAUCCUUUUUUUUAAACAAAUGGUAGAAAAUUAAAUAGAAUUUUUAAAGAUCUAUUCAAAAUUAAUUUUUAAUACACAUAAUACACUGUUCCAGUUCUGAAUACUUUUAAAUUUAAGUAAUGUAUUUUAAAAACAUCUUGUGCAAGUAUAGAAAAAACAGUAAUCAAAAGAAAUGAAAUAUGAUAUACAGUACAGUCUUGUUUAUCCAUGCAUUUAUGUAAAAAACAACUUUUCGUAUUUUUAACUACAUUUUACUUAAAAAAAAUUUUCUCUGAUAAUAUUAAUUCGUAAGAGCAAGAAUUACUUAUGCGCAUAAUAUUUCUUUAAUAAUUGUUAUAUACGCAUAUAUAUACAUUUAUUUGGAUAAUCAAGAACAUACUGAAAUAAAAAGAAGCAAACUGACCAAACAUCUAUUGCUAUUAAAUAAUACAUAUGAAGAUUUUAAGUAGUCUAUAUAUAUAGAAAAAUAUAAAAAUUCUUAAACAUUUCCUCUUAUGAAUUACUAUUUAUAGAUAUAUUUAAUGUGGUAUAUCAAUACUACUUAGUUAAUCAUAAAUAUAAUCACUAUUUGUAGCAGAUAAUAGCAGUUUCUCUAUAAAAUUCUUUUAUAAAACUAUAUAACUUGCUAUUGCCAUUCACUUAUUAUUUAUAUAUUUAUGCAUUUAUCUGUAUUUACUCAUAUUUUAUGCUGCACAUAUUUUGAAUGCUAAAACACUUUGACUUAAUGUUUCCGUAAAAUUUGAUUAUACAUUGGCCAAACAAUUGUGUUACUUUUUACUUUAUUUAUAUUUGAUUAAAUCACAAGGUUUAGAAAAAGAUAGACUAUAAUAUAUAUAAAAAGGUUUUAUAAAAUUAUAUUAACAGAUUACCUUAAUGCAUUUUAUCUAUUAUCAUUUAUUGAUAUGUAUAGUUAAACAUAAAUUUGUGUUUUACCACACCAACCAAAGAUAUGACAUUAAGACUGUAAAAAUCAGUAAAAAAAAUGUGGUUUAUUCAUGGAAUAAUUAUUUAUAUCAUUUCUCAUUUUAAUUGAAUUAUUUAAAAUUGGUUGAUUAAAUUAAAAAACAAAAUAUUAUUUUUCUUUUAUUUAUAUUUUAAUAUUUAAAGCUUGUAUAUAUAUAUAUUUGUGUGUAUAUAUAUAUAUAUGUAUAUAUAUAUAUAUAUAUAUAUAUAUAUAUAUAUAUAGACACACACACAUAUAUAUAUAUACACAGGUUGGUGUUCUUAUACUUACACUGCCUACACGUUUUAUAAUUUUUGUGAUAUAUAAGUAUAACAUAGCAAUUGAAUAGAUUUAUUACAAUGAACACAUAAAACAUGACUCAAACUAAAAAUAUAUAAUUUCUAAUCAGAAUAUUAAAAAUAGAAUAAUUAUUAAAUAUUUUUAGAACACAUUCCAUAUAUAAGAUGUGUCCAAUUUCAUUGUUCAGAUAAAUCUUAAGUUUGAUACAAUAAAAUUUAAAAAUAUCUAUUAUAUUGGCUAACUUUUUGCCAAUUAGUUAAAAAAAUAAAUUUAUACGAUUUAGAAAAAUAUAUGGAUUUAAAAAAUUGUUAUACUCGACCGCCGAAAGUGUCUUAUUUUUCAUUUGAAUAUUCACUUUUGUAAAUAUUAUUAAUGUGUCUAUCCUUAUAUAAAUCUUAUAUAUGUAUUUAGUGUCCAAUGAACAGCACUGUACAAAAUAUAAGUAAAGUCACUAUAUAAAAGUAUGUGGAUUAUCUAAAUAAAAUUAUAUAAAAGAUAUGUAUAUGUUAUCCUGCAUAUAUGCUAUAUAUAUAUAUAUAUAUAUAUAUAUAUAUAUAUAUAUAUAUAUAUUCAUACAUUUAUAUAUUGACAAAAUUAUUGUU